UGUAUGUUUUGAUUAAGUCAAUAUGGAAAGCGUGGGUGAAUUCUGGCAGAUCUUCGACGCUCAUCUUUGCCUUGAUGCUUCCGAAUACAACGAACUCGAUAUCAGUUAUUUCAGCAUUGCAUUUCAGAAAACAAGUGGGAUUAUCAG